GCAUCUUCUGCUGAGAUCUUGCUUUGAAUACAGAGUGAGGCCCCAGAACACACAGACAGAGAAGAGAGGAGGAACAGCAUGGACCGACCGGCAAUGGAAGUCUUCCACUACAAAGACAAAGAGCAGUGCUCCAACCUGCUCCUGCAGCUCAACAGACUGAGGCAGGACAGAAUCCUGACAGACGUGUUGCUGUGCUCAGAAAACACGGAGAUCCCGUGCCACCGUAACGUCCUGGUCUCCAGCAGCCCCUACUUCAGAGCCAUGUUCUGCCACAACUUCAAAGAGAGGCAGCAGACCAAAAUCCACUUAAAGGGGAUCGCCUCGACCAUCCUCAGUAGUGUCAUUGACUAUGUUUACACCGGACUCAUUACCAUCAGCAUGGAUAAUGUGCUGCCUCUGAUGCAGGCAGCAUCCAUGUUGCAAUACGGCCGCAUCUUUGAGGCCUGUUCCAGUUUCCUUCAGGAGCAGCUGAGCCCAGAAAACUGUUUGAGCAUGGUGAGACUCUCUGAGAUCCUGAAUUGCAACACUUUGAGAGCGAAGGCCAAGGAGAUGGCGAUGAAGAGCUUCUCCGACGUGUCAGUGUCUGAGGAUCUGUGUGAGCUCUCCUUACCAGAGCUCAUGGGUUACCUGGAGGACGACAGCCUUUGUGCGGAGGAGGAGCAGGUCUUCGAGACACUUGUUGCCUGGAUCCACCAUGAUCCUUACUCUAGAAGAGGAGCCAUUAGUGACCUUUUCAAGAAAGUUCGCCUACGACACAUCCACCCCACAUACCUCUUCCAGUUCAUUGCCAGUGACCCUCUGAUCCAGUCCUCCACCCUCUGCACGGAGCUCAUCGAAUCUGUCCGACGACUGAUGUUUGCCGUCAACACAAAAUGCAUCGCAGAGACAGAGGUGAACUUCAAACCUCUUUGGGUGGCACCAAGGCGCUACACCUCCAGUGACAUGCUGGUGGUUGUAGGAGGGAGAAAGAACAACGUGCAGACGUCGAGGGAGGCCCUGGUCUUCGAUGAGGAGACCCAGAAGUGGAAGUGCCUCACCAAGCUGCCCAUUCGCCUCUAUAAGGCCUCGUAUGUUGCCCUCCACAGCGUCAUGUACGUGAUCGGAGGCCUGACCACAAACACAAAGUACGGCCAGGUCAGCCCGACGGUCUACACACUCUCCCUCAAGACCAACCAGUGGCGAACCGCAGAGCCCAUGCUGGAGCCACGCUUUGCCCACCGGAGUGUCUCUUAUCUGCACUUCAUCUUCGUCCUGGGGGGUCUUGGGCCUGACAGGCGGGUGACAGACAGCGUGGAGAGGUACAACAGUAUGUUCAACCAAUGGGAGACUGUGGCACCCAUGCCUGAGGCUGUGCUGCACCCAGCAGUGGCUGCUACCAACCAGAGGAUCUACAUGUUUGGAGGAGAGGACGCCAUGCAGAGCCCGGUCAGAAUAAUACAAGUGUAUCACAUUGCCAGGAACAUGUGGUCCAAGAUGGAGAACAGGACGGUGAAGAAUGUGUCUGCUCCAGCUGUCCUUAUGGACGAUAAGAUCUACAUCAUUGGAGGAUACACCAGGAGGAUGAUUGCAUACGAUACCAAGGCCAACCGGUUCAUCAAGUGUGCCAACCUGAAGGAGAGGAGGAUGCACCACUCUGCAACCGUGCUCAAUAACAGACUCUACGUCACAGGUGGACGCUACAUCAACGGCCAUGACAUCAUCGAGGACUCGGACAACGUCGAGUGCUACGAGCCGAAGACAGACACUUGGACACCGAAGGGGACUCUGCCGUAUAAAGUGUUUGACCACGGCUCCCUGACUCUGACAAGUGUCUCACAGACAUGGGCAAAAUCCUAGCUGCUGUUUGAUAUUUAC